UCCAGCGCAGUUGUGGACUUGCUUUAUUACUGUUAAGAUGCGCGCUACUCGUGUCACGAUGAUCACGCCGACACCCGUUCUUACGUGUUGAAAGGCGAUUUGGAGAAAUAGCAAGUGAUACCAGUGUCGUAUAGGUGUGCAUAGGUGUUAAGUAUGCAAAUGUUAAUUAUGUGGUUACCUGGGGGCGAUUAUGAGUGUUGAGGAUAAUCACUGUGAUGUGUUAUGUUGAGUCGCAAGUUUUCCCUUCUGUGGCUGCUGCUGUGGUAACUUUGGUGUUAUCUCCAGCUGUCACUGUCGUCGCCAACAGCUGUGCAUCGAGUCUGAGGAGCUGUCAGACUCCCCAGAGAAAAGGAGGCUCCGGGCCAGGCCAAGACAUGCAAGAAACCAGCUGAGGAGCACAGACCCGUGAUGGUGCAGAUGGGGCCAGUCCAGCAUGUCCCAGGCAUCAGCAGCAGCAGCGGCAGUAGAGAGCGGCGGUGGUAAGCUGCAGCCGCCGCACAAUGUGGUGGUAUAUGUGGCAGGCGAGGGGGGUGGGGGGCCGGGAGGGGCGCAGGUGCCUCCUCGUGCCAUGAUCACCCCUCACCCGGUCAAACCAACCAACCCCCACAUGGUCAAUGGCUUCAGGGUGGCCAACCCGUUGCAUCAGCAGCAGCAACAACAACAAACAGCAAGCAAGCAACAACAGCAACAGUCUCACUAUGGUAUGCAGAUGAACGACAGCCUUCAGCAGCAACAGCAGUUCCUUAUGAAUAAAAUGAAUGGAGUUGAGGGAGCGACAAACUGCUUCCCAACGAGCCAGGCUCCUCAGCAGCUGCAGUACCUUCCUGGUGGCAACUAUGUUACCACAGUUACUGUUCAUGCAUCAGAGCAGUCACAACAAAUGCAGCAACACAAUAUGCAGCAGCAACAACAGCAGCAACAUCAGCAACAGCAACAACAGGCGCCGCAACAGCAGCAGCAACAACAGCCUCAGCAGCAACAGCAGCAGCAAACAAGAGCAAUGAAUCAACAACAGUUACAGCAUCAGCAACAACAGCAGCAGCAGCAGCAGCAGCAGCAGCAUUUACAAAAUCAAGUUAAUGUUAACGUGAUGGGUUCCAUGAAUGGUUACGUGCAGAAUGGUGUUAUGAUGCAAGUUAGCAAUGGCACCAUGAACAACAACUCUGCAAUAAUGUGCAAUGCACAAAUGAUGAAUAAUCAGAUGGCUGCUAGUAACAAUAAUAAUAACAACAAUAAUAAUAAUAGUAACAAUAACAGUAAUAAUAAUAAUGCAGCUAUGAAUAAUAACAAUAAUAAUAUGGUCGUUGCUCGACCAAGAACUAGUUCCCGGUGUGACUCGGUGAGAUCAGAAACGGCAGAGUCAAGUUGCAGUAGUCUGAGCUCAGAUAGUCAGAUAGAACAUAGUCAGCAACAGCAGCAGCAGCAGCAGCAGCAGCAGCAGCAACAGCAACAGCAACAGCAGCAGCAACAGCAGCAACAGCAGCACCAACACCAACAGCAGGCUAACAGUCAGUUCACCAACAAUCAGCAAUACCAGGUUAUGAACAAUGCACAGUAUAUGAACAACCAUAUGCAAGCAGUGAACCCAAAUAGUUACAACUGUUAUCCAAAUUACAUGGCUGGUCAGUCGUCUGGUGGUGGUAGUAAUGUGAGCGGAAUGAAUCAAACUGGUGUGUACAAUAAUCAAAAUAUUGUACAAGCCUUUCACCAAGUGAACACAGUGCAGCAUGUACAGAUGCAGGGGGGACAGUUGCAGAUAAUGCAGCAGCAAUACCAAUAUGUACAGGGCCAGAAUAUGAACGUAAUGCCACAGAACCAAGGCAUGUGUGUGAACAAUAUGCAGAGAUUGGGUAUGAUGCAGGCUGGGGGGAUGGUACAGGGUCAGGGGACCAAUAUGAUGCAUGGACAGAUCAUGCAAGGACAGAACAUUGCAACCCAUAAUGCGAAUGUGAUGCAAGGACAAGGCAUGAGCAUGGUGACAGGACAGCCAGGAAUGAAUGUGAUGCAGGGUCAGAACAUGAAUAUGAUGCAAGGACAAGCAAUGAACAUUCCACAGCCGCAGAGUGGAAACAUGAAUGUAAAUCAGUACCACGCAGGUCAUGGACAAGAAGUGAUGAAUCAGUGUAACCUAGUGAUGGGAGGGCAGAAUGGAGGUCAUGGCAACCUGAUGGGCAUGCAAGGGGGCAUGCAACAACACAUGAUGGGUGGAGGCAUGACACCUGAACAGCAGCAGCAAGCAGUCAUGAUGGGAGGUGCCAUGCAGGGAAACAUGGCCAUGGUGCCUGUUGGUGCCAAGAUGGCUGGAGCUAACAUGGCACACACCAACUUGAUGGCUGGCUCAGGUGGACCACCAGUAGGUGUCAUCAACACUAUGUGUGGUGCCAUGCCAGCAGGCACUCCUGCUGUACAUCCACCAGCUGACAGCAAGAAUUUCAUGCCCCUUGUUGUUCCGUUUGGAUGGAGGAGAGUCAUCAACAAUGGUCAAGUCGUCUAUAUAAGCCCGAGCGGGAGUGAGCUGAGGACCGUCGCGGAAGUGAAGGAGUACCUGAGCACGGAGGGCACCUGCAAGUGCGGCCUGCAGUGCCCGCUGAGGGUCGAGCACACCUUCAACUUCGACCCCAAGAAGAUGGACGGAAGAAGCGGAAGCGGAAAGCAGAGGCGCUGGACACCCCGCGAGCGACCCCCACGUCCACCCACCUGCCCCGAGGCCCGGCCGCGUCCCCCAUGCCGCGGGGAACGCCUGCGCAGAUGCCAAGGGGAGCCCCCACGCCCACGCAGAUGCCCAGAGGUGCCCCUACGCCCACACAGAUGCCGUGCGGGCCCCCAACCCCCACGCAGAUGCCCAGGCUGCCCUCUCCCGCCCAAAUGCCCCGCGGAACGCCCACCCCAACGCAGCAGAUGCCACAGUUCAACCCUCAGCAGCAGCAGCAGCAACAUCCUCAUGCAUUCCAACAACAACAGGGCUGGGGGAUGAUGGGUGCCAUACCCCGGAUGGCAGGCGGGGGCGGGUAUGGUCCUGUAGGUGGAGUGAUGAAUGUCCCUCAAGGGUGCAAUCACCACUACCAUCAGCAGCAUGGCCCUGCCCAGCACUGUACCCCAACCUCCCAUGCAUGCUGUGAUAAUCAUCAUCGUUUCCCAGUCAACAUGCCAUCAAACAUGAACAAUAUGGGACCUAACAUGGCUAUGGGACCAGGUAUUCGUCCAGGUAUUGGGCCUGGUUUUGGGGAGAUGGUCAGGCCAAACAUGUGUCGGCCAGGAGAUCCUUCUAUGUUUCGCGGUGGGAUGCCUCAGGGACAAGGGCCUCUCCAGCAGCAACAGCAGUCAGUGCAGCAGCUUCAACAGCAGCAGCAACAGCAGCAGCUUCAGCAACAAACACCAUCACAGCUGCAGCAGUCUGUUUUAUCUCAACAGCCGCAACAGCCACAGCCACCACCACCCAACAUGAUGGGUCCAGGGUCCCAUAUGAUGCCUGGGAUGAGAGGAGUGGCACCACACCCACCUGGCUUCAUGAAUGCCAACAUGAUGUGUCGCAUGCCAGGACCAGGAAUGAUGCCACCUCGUGUCUUGCCUCCUGGAAACAUGGCAAAUCCUCAGGGAGGAACAGAGCGACCCAGUGCACCUGCCACUUUCUGGGAAGAAGGGGAGAAGAGGCGCAAGACAGGGGGGAGAGCCAAGAAGCGCUUUAAAGGUGUUUUGGAGAGAGCAUCACCAUGCCCAAAUGUUGAUGUAAGAAAUAUCCAUGGCGAACACCCUCGUCCUAAUAUGAGUGGACAAGGUGGCCCUGGACCCCCACACUCUGGACCUUCUUUUAUGGAUGAUCCAAGUGGUUAUCUGGCACAGCAGACUGCUCUCUUAAAUAAUACCAUGGCAGGAGGUGGCAUGGGACAGUUCUCUCCCCAAGCACCAGGCAUUUCACCAAGACCUCCUCCACCACCACCAUCCCAAACAGGAGCACCAACAGGUGGAACAGUAAUGCCACAACAACAGAUGCAACCAAAAAGUCAGGCUGGUGUGCCACCAGUAGGGAAUAGCAAUGUUACACGUGCUUCCCAGUUGUCCUCUUCACCUGCUGUGGUUCCUUUGCCAAGUAAUGUCCCAUUACCAGCAAGAGUCAGUAAGGCUGCAACUCAUACAACAAACACAGUCAUGACAACACCCUCUGUCCUUCCCACACCUUCAACACACACAAGUGUAACCGGAGCCCCCACACCAACCCUAACCUCGCCACCAACCAGUACCUCAACUCCAACAAGUCAACAGACCUCAUCCAAGGGGGACUCUCAGAGAAGCCCACCUGUUGCAGCAGAAAAGACAGCAAGUCCUCCAGAGGGUGCCAAACAGUCCCAGGGUCAGGCUGCUGAAGGGGAAACAGCCUUGUCUACAUCCAUAGCCAAGGCUGAGUCUAGUAGCCUUAUUCACACUACAACAGUUACCUAUACCUCCUCUGCAACUCUGACCACCAACACUAAAAUUACAAAUUCAAUACCAAUAUCAACACAGUCAGAAUGUUUACCACCAAAAGAAAAAAUAGAAACUGUGUGUUUCAAACCAGAAGAAGAUCAGUUAGUAAAAGUUAAGCAUGAGGCAAAUUCACCUGAAGAGAGCAUAAAGCCAUCUGUUAACAUUAACAUAUCAAACAUUAAAGAAACAAUUAAGUCUGAAAAUUGGUGCAAAGAGGUAUCAAGCAACAUGAGUAGUUGUGAAAGCACAGGCAGCAGCCCAGAUCAGGCAGUUAGUGGGGGAAAUGGCAGCGAAGGUGUUGCAGCUAAUAAACCCCUAACACCUGGCCCUCCAGGCGUAAGUAGGGCUGGAGGGGUUACUCAGUCUCCAUUGGAGAUGGUGCAAAGUAUUGUUAGUAGCAUUCCUGUGCCAUCCUCGCUAGGGCCCAUUCGACCAAGCUCCCAACCACAGCAGCCGCCUCCUCCUCAGCCACCCCCUCCACCACCUCCCCAACCGCAGCAGUUACCACAACCACCUCCACAGCAACAAACAGCACUUCCAGUAUCUAUGUCAGCAGGAAUGUACAAUGUGCCUAUUUCCACAAAUGUAACGGUGUACGGUGGAGGUAAUUCAGCUGGGCUAGUCCGUGGUCCAGGUCCUGUUUUAGUAGGAGGACCACCAUCUGCCCAGUCAGGUGCCUUUGUUAGCAGUGGUAAUGGAUGUAAUGGCCCAACUAGUAUGGUUGUCGUUUCCUCUCAGUUUAACAAUAAGAACAAUGCAACCCCUGGUGUGGCUGUAACAUCGGCAGUUGCAGGUGUUGUUGGAGUACCAGCUGCAAUGUCUCAAGUACAGGUUCAGCAGCAUAUGGCUUCUAUGCAACAACAUUUACAGCCACAGAUUCAGCAGCAGCUACAACCACAGCUUCAACCCCAGCUACAGCCACAACUUCAGCCACAGCUACAACCCCAAUUGCAGCCACAGUUACAACCACAAAUACAACAGUUUCAGCCUGUACAACCAGUGGUGCAACUAGUCAACACCUUUGCCACAAUGCAGGCUCCAGUUAUUAUACAAAAUGGUGGUAACAUUAUCCAGUCAUCCCCUAGUAUUUUACACAGCCCAGGUGGCAUGAUUGCUGGUCCCACACCACUAACACAAGGUACUAUCAUGGCUGGACAGUCCUUAGUUCCUGUUACUGCAGCCACUUUGGCUGUGGAAGGUACUCAUCAUCAUCCUCAACAGCAGCAAGGCCAAGUUGGGCAGCCACAGUCUUCACCACAUUUACAGGUGGCACAAGUUGUCACUACUGGGCUAACAACUGAAACAGUAGAUGACACAAGAGCUAGUAAUGCCUCCACUCCGCACGCUACUUCAGUGUCCACUCCCUCAACUCCACAUUCAACUCCAGGAUCCACACCAGGGUCAGACACCCCCUCCAGUGCUGGUUCCUCUGGAGGACGCAGACGGAAGAGAAGACGAAAUUCAUCAACACCACAGGGAACUGCUGCCACUCAAUCAUCACCACAGCAGCAUCAGCAGCAAGGAUUGGUACCAGCUAUUAUCAUGGGAAACAAAGUUCCUCAACACAUGGUAAUGAAUGGCCCCCAUAUGACUCAGGUGGCACCUUAUGGUACAAUGGGCACUGUGGCAGCAGCUGGUCAAAUGGCUCAAGUUGCUACAGUUGCCAGUCAAGUGGGAGGUGGACAAAUGCUGCAAGCAGCAGCAGCACAGGGAACUGGUGCUAUCAAUGUUGUUCAAAUGGUUGGUAAUACCUUACCAAAUUUACCUGUGCAAGUUCACAACCCAGCAGCCAUUCUUGUAGGUUCAGCGCCUCCUCAGGGAGUAGUGAUAAACCAGCUUGCUGAUGGAACGUUUAUAUCAACAGACCCAAACACUGGCAUGUCAUAUCCUGUUCAGCUACAGCUCUCUGGUGGCCAUAUUGUUGGUGUUACCCCAACAGUUAGUGGCUCAAGUGGUAUGGUAGGCCCUCUCACUCCUGGAGCAACUGCUGGUGGAAUGCCAGCAAUGGUGGCUGUGCGACCUCCAGUCCCCCACACAACAGCAGUAGUCAGUGGCCCAAAGGUAGUAAACAUCUCUCCUUCACCAGCAACAUCACAAUUAGGUAGCACAGGAGUCCAUGUUUUACCUGUGACGGCAGCUGCUGCCACAUAUCCAACUCCAGGGACUAGUGUUAGUCCUGGCCAGGCGGUGUGUGUAGGCCAGGGUGCUGCUCCACCAGUAGUUGUUACAUCAGAAUAUGUUGGAGGUCAGCCAGUUGUCAUGGGUGGGGGGGGAUGUAGUAGUAACACAACAGUAGUUCAGCACAAGACCACUAUAGUGCAACAGCGCACAACUCUGGUUGCAACGCAGGGGAAUACUGACACAGGCACACGGUCCUCAGUGUCAACGCAAACACCUGGUGGAUUGGGAGAGAGUGAUGUGAGCAGUUCAGAUUGCGUUGGAGUUGCAGCACCAUCAUCCCCUUCUCAUCAGAGUGCAGAGGUGACCACAACACGCCAUGAUGAAGAUGCCACCCCUCCUACAGACCCACCCCAUCCACUUCCACCACACUCCCCGGACAAGAAUAAGCGUACCAUUCCUGAGGAGCCCCACAGUGCGUCCACUUCAGAGGAGGCGGUGAUGUGCGGCCGCGGAGUGGUGUGGGGGCCGCAUAGGGGCCACCACUACUGGCCGGCUCAGGUGCUCCACCAGGCUGGUGGUGAGUGUGUGGUGCAGUGGUACGGGGAUCACAGGGUGGACACCGUCAAACAUUCCGUCCUAUCCACGUUCCCCAUUGUACCUCCUAGGGUGCCAACACGCCGCAGUGUGCGAGGGAGAGCUGCAUUAGACAAGGCAAUAGCUGAGGCCAUGCAAGACAAUGCAAUCAGCCACCAACAGUGUGAAGUUCCUCAGCCAGUAGCAUUGGAAGGCAUGCCAGCGGACUCUCCAACCACCGUUGUUGUUGCUGUGAACGGACCUCUGAUUGGACUGGGAAGUGGACCAGUUAGAAGAAUGCUAAACAAACCAGCGAAACCACCCUCGGAGCCCCAGCAUUUAAAUAUACCUCAUAUGAACCAAGUGACGGCACGGGAGAACAAGACUGCUAUAGGAGGUGGAGCUAAGUGCCUUCCAGCCUCGCUGGGAGUGCUGGAUGGACAGCAGCUCCUACCCCCCCAGGCUGUGCAGUCUCUUUCUCCUCACACCACGGGACCUACGAGAGCAAGACGCAGGCGGAGGAUCAGGUGACAUGGGCCGCAGAGUUGUCUAUAAGCCAAGAGUUAUAGUAAUCAUGACACAACCAUAAGUGCGAUUUAUAUUUUGAAUCCAAUGUAGGUCAUUAUGGUAUUUAUGUAUAUCAACUUUUUUAUGAUUCCUUCAAUUCUUUUAUUUAGCCUUAGAAAAGGCUUUUUGACUGACUAAUCAGGUUUUUUGACAGCUUUUAUUGGUUAGGUAAUACAACAUGACUGGCUAAUUUAUGUUAAUUUGAAUAUCAGUGUUAUAUCACUGAACAUGCAUUGUUAUUAUUUCCAAACUUCAUGGUAUUUGUUACUAUACAAUCAUGUUCUUGGUUUAUUAGACUACUUGAAUCAUGUUACAGAAGAAAGAAUACAAUGCAUAUUCCAUACUUCAAAUUGAUAGGUUAUAUGGUAGCUAUUCAAAUAUGAUGAUUGAAUAUAAAGUGAAUUUUAUUAGUGAGUUGAAUGAUAUAUUAUUAUGGUAUAUAGUAAGGAGAGUUAAAGCUUUUGAGCCAAGUCAAAUCCAGCAUCACGGGUGAUUAAGUCAAAUGAGAGAUCACCUACAGUAUCAAAUCUUUGAGUAACUAAUAUGCAUUAAGGAAACCAUCAAGAAAUUCUUGCUGUAUAUGGCAUGGUAACAAAAAGGUGAAUAGAUGCUAUGAUUGGAGUCCAUUAUUGCGGUGUAUGAGAUGAGGCAGCAUGCUAUUCUAAGAAAAUGGAUGUACUCAGGGUAAACUUUGUAGUCCACUAAUUAGCCCGAAGAUACUGCUUACAUCACUAAUGAGGAAGGCAACUGCAAGUAGAUUUCAGUAGCUUAAAAUUUGGAAAGCUUUCGUUUUACUGUAAGAAUCAUUACUGAUAGCCUUUUGGAAGGGGAGAAUGAAAUGCAAUGUAAACUAUUUAGGACUCAUACCCGACAUUGAAAUUUUUUGUAUUUUGAUCAACUAAAAAAACUUUAUUUACUUGACUUUUACAAAGGUUAGUGAAUGAGGUUGCUCUGGAUUCUUUCCUUUGUCUUAACAUCAAAUGGGAUUGGGGUUAAUAGCGGGGACUUUAUUUGCGUCUCAUCAGUGUUCCUAGAAAUGUGAAAAUGGCAAUGAAACACACGACUUUAAGAUGAAGUAAAAUAAAUAUCAUCAUUUGCAGCAGAUAUCAAAACCAAGCGCUGCAUGAUGAUAUUUAAUCCUUUAAUAUGCUGCUCUACUUAUGCAGGUUGUUGAAAAUUUCACACGAUGAAGUAUUGUUUAGCCUUCAUGUAUAGUUUCUCUGUCAAGGGGCCUUACAUAUUUGUGAUUUCUCGUCUUUCUUUAUUUACAUUUUUGUUAAAAAAACAAACUCAUUCUAACCAUUAAUGUGCAUAUAUUUCAAAUUAACAAAAUAUUUUUGAAAAUCUUUAGUGUUUUAUACUUAUUUGAUAUCAAUUUUAAUGGGCUUAUAUAUCACUGUCUAAUGAUACAUAGACGGUAUAUUUGUGUUUUUCAUUCUAUUCUUCUUUGUUUAUUUAUUUUUAAAAAUCAUUAUUGAAUAAGCAGACUAUAGUUGUCUUCCACCAAAGUCAUCUUCAUAGGCUUUCCAAAUUUUAAGAUAGGCAAAUGAACUGAUUCCUCAGAUUAUAUCACACGCUUUAAGUCUUUGCGAUAAAAUUGAACCAAGACGCCCCAGAGCUUCACGUAAAACAGAACAAGACAAAGAAACAGCAAGUCACACUGUGCAGUCCUCAUCUUGUGAGCUUGUCAGCGGGUUCAUCGUAGACUUUCUACAAAUUCCCAGAGUUAUGUCAUGUGUUUGCACUAUCGGGAAGUUGACAGUUUACUUACAACCUCACAAAACCCCCGAGACGGCAAGGAUGUCUAAGGUGCCUUGAGUGUGCCAGUAUUAGUGGAGAGUUAAUUUGUGAUAGUGCGCAUUUUGUACACCAUUAGUUAAUUGUAAUCUUUGCCAAGCUUUGACAAUAAUUGGUGAGUUUAGAAGAUAUAAAUACAGCGUUACAAAGCUAUCAUUGUAAAUCAAAACUUGUAAAGUAAGUUGUUGAUGUUGAAGGAUAAUUUUUAUGACAAAGACACUACAAUCAAAUAACCAAGAAAAACAGUAACUCUGAUUACAAUAUUGGCUGAACUCGCCUAGCCAUGCAAAUAUUCCCUUUCAAGUUCUAAGUCGGUGCUUGACCUUGAAAAAUAGCAAUUUGUACAAAUAUGUAGUGAUCAAGCACUUACUUAGGAGUUUAACCAUGGUUCCCUUUGCACGUGGUUCUCUAUUAUCCAUGUAUGAAGAAGACUUACUACCCAGGUGUGGUGUACGUAGACUGCAGUGAGUGCGAUAGUUAUGGUAAAGGCACGGCCAUUGACAGGAUGGUCUAGAAGGGAGGGAAGCAUGGAGACGUUGGGGAAGUAAUAUUUAUAGUUUUUAUUGAUAUUUAAUACUUCUUGUUCUUAUAUUUUGUUGAGACAUGCAUACUUUGCAUGACUGUUAUCGUUGGAAAGGAUAUUAGAGAAUUACUUGUACUUAAUUUACUCUUUUCCAAAUUGCCUUUAAAAUAUACUAAAAUGUCUCUGUGGAUACAGUAACAGUUUGUGACUUUCCCCAUUGUGUAGCACCUUUAUUGAGUACAGCUCUACUCAGGCAACCAUUAGCAAUGAAAAAUAAAGUUUUGAUUUUUUCAUCAGUACAGCUGAAAUUUUUUGGACAUUAAAAAUGUUAAUGUAAGCAAUUUCAGGGAGUUUAGUGUGGCAGUGUGUGGCUUAUGCUGGAACUAGUGUGGUUGUGAUUCUGGGGAACUAAAUGACUUGCUUAUUUACCCCAGUAGAAUAAAUAUAUAAGAAGUCAGAUAUCCUAUAUAUAUUGAUAUGUAGAUACUAAUUCAGUGUCAAAGUGAAUCACAUACAAGCUUGAAACAAGUAAAAUAUCCUAGACCCUAUGAAUAUGUACCCACCCCCACAGCUUCCUGAUCUCAAGAAACUGGUGCUAGGAAAGGCAAAUUGGAAAAGAGUUAAGAAUGUUAGGGAUGUCUGGUUUAUUAUUGCGUCUUGGCAAGGAUAAUUGAGCUUUAGAUAAACCUCAACUUGUUCCCAGAAUUGCUUGUUACGACACAUCUUCCUCAUUGCCUGCAUCUGCUACUGUUUGUCACUCUUUCAGUUGUGGGUUUUACUUAGGUUUCAUCUUUGAAGAUUUAAUUUUUUUCAGAUUAUGAUUGAAUCUGUAAUACAUCUCAGAUAUGGCCAAGUUGUUUGCCAAAUUAAUUAUAUAACAUUAAUAACUGGUAAGUACAAAGUAUCUAUUUCAAGUUGUGUAAACUUUUUUUUUUUCAUUUAAUGACAAGGAAAGGUACCAGUGAGUUGUCAAAAGUCAAAGUAAAUGUAUAUUUUAGUACUUGAGGUUACUGAAGUGUUUCUAUGGUAUGGGUUGCUUGGGAAGAUAGCCAUGUAUCUUUUUAGAAACUCAGUGUAUUGAUGGAAGUCAUGUCUAAACCACACCAGUAUGUGUAGGAACAUGAUAGACCUGCUGAUUGUGUGCAUUUUAAUGACUUCUACCAAUGUACUGGUGUGUACUACCUUUACUUUACCAGCCCACAUGCCAAAGACUGAUUACUUCUCGUCACAAGGUCAGGUGAUGAGGGGCAAAGUGUGCACCAUGAUUUACCUUUUUAAAGUUAGUAAAAAAUAUAUGGUAUGCGUUUUUUCCUGUUUACAGAGAAGGGAUAUAGCUUGUUUCUUAACCUGUUUAUUUGUAUCCACUGCAGAUUGCUACUAGUGUUGCCAGUGUGCACAAUUAUCCAUUAAAGAGUUGAUUGGAUUUGUUUUAUAUGUAUAUUUUAUAGAGAUUGAAUCCUUAUGUGUAUAUGAAAUAAGUAUUUUUUUCUUUUUGCACAUUACCUUGUAGCAAUUACUCCAAUCAUAUGUUAAGUACUGUUGUAGGGAGGGCAAAUAUGAUGUUAUUCCCACUAAUAUGCAUAUUAGAACCUUGUUGUACUGAGUUAUCAGUCUGUGGGUGAGUGUACAGGAGAGGCUGUCUUGAUGUGCAACUCGCCCACUGUAUUUCUACUUAGUGGAUCUGGUAGACAGUGUUAGGGUUAGAAUUAUUCAAGAUUUGUGCACCCUAUGGCAACACUUGUUUUCUGCAAGCCAAAGACACUCGUUGAGUUGCUGUACAGGUUCAGGUUGUUCGAGCUUAGAUUAGAGAUAGAGAAGUGUGGUUUAUAUUGUAUGUACAGAAGAAAUAUUAUAAUAUGGAAGUCUUAGAUUUUUUAAAAAGAAGAUAACGUCCCAGUUUUAGGUCAGUGAUGGACCUUUUGUUAAUUAACCACCAAGUGGUUUGUUUCUCUCAUGUUCAAAUAUUAAUAUGGGUGUGCAUUCUCCGUUGCCCAUUUGGGUCUGCAAGUAAGAUGUAUAUUUUGUCUGUAAGGUAUAUAAGGAGACACACCCAUAUGGAACAUUGUUGCCUCUCACAAAGUUUCAGCCUCUUGCCAGUCUGCAGUUUCCUUGGAUGUAACAUCUUCAGAAAGAGGUGGAUGUAAAAACAUCCGUUGGUUAUUUACCCUAACACAGAUAAAUAUAGAUAAAGAAUUAUCGCUAUUCCUAGAAUGAAUGGUUAGUUUUAAGGGGACAUAUUUUUAUCAGUUUAACUGUUUUUGGACCAAAUAUUACUGCAGACUGUGAGUGGUGAACAUCUUCAAAACCCAUUUCCCACAUUAUCCUUCUGUCUACCCUUUUCCUCACCUCUCAUAAGGAUCCCACAUCACUCCAAUCAUUUCCCAAGGUACAUAUUAGUCUCAUUUCAUCACCAUUAUUAUCAUCUUCUUCAUGUCCUGUGUACAGGAGUAAUUUGUUUGCCACACUUCUGGACACCCCUACCUAAGAGGUAUCUUGAUAUUAUACUAGUUUCUUCUUUUGCUUUAACAAACGUGUCAAGCUUUAUCCAAUACACGAUUUCAACUUCUGA